AUGGAGAUUAUAUCAAUAAAUGAUAAUUCAAAUGGAAACAAAUCAGAAAAAAAAGAAAAUAUAAUUGAGUUAAAUCGUUCAUUUAGAAGAUGGUAUCCUUAUAUUGAUAAUGGAGGAACUGUUAUUGGAUUAACUGGUAAAGAUUAUGUAAUUUUAGCAGCAGACACUCGUUUAUCAUUGUCUUAUUCUAUAUAUACAAGAUAUUGCCCUAAAAUAUCAAAAUUGACAGAUAGAUGUAUUAUAGGUUCAUCUGGAAUGCAAUCAGAUAUAAAAACUCUUCACUCAUUAUUACAAAAAAAAAUACAACUAUUUGUUUUAGAACAUUCGCAUUAUCCAGAUAUUCAUGUCAUAGCUAGAUUGUUAUGUGUAAUAUUAUAUAGUAGAAGAUUUUUUCCAUAUUAUACUUUUAAUUUAUUAGCAGGAGUAAGUGAUGAUAAUAAAGGAGUAUUAUAUAACUAUGAUGCUAUAGGGUCUUAUUGUCAAUCAACUCAUUCUUGUGUUGGUAGUGGAGCUGCUCUAAUUCUCCCAAUAUUAGAUAACAGAGUAGAGCAAAAAAAUCAGUUAAUUAAGAAUUUUAAUUUUAAUAUGAGAGAUGAUAUUGAUUUUGUUAAAGAUGCUAUUACAUCUGCUACUGAAAGAGAUAUAUAUACAGGAGAUAAAGCCGAUAUUUAUAUUGUAGAUAAAUUAGGAAUAAAUACUACUUCGUUAGAUUUAAAACAAGAUUAA